GAACCCUAAAUCCUUUCCGUUUCAGUUCUCCCAAAUCCUGACCUAGCCACCUUCUUCCCAAUCUUUAAUCCGUCGGUGGUAGUUAAUCGGAAUCGCAGGCUAUUUCUUCUUCCUCUUCCUCUUCCUCGUUCUCAAGCCACCCAAUUGAGCCAUCCCACCAGCCACGCCAUUGUCAUCGAUCCACCAUCGCCGAAUGAGAAGCUCGACUCACCGAGAAGGCUGGUUUUGGGAGAUUGAAGAGGAAGAAAUUCAGAGGCAGGGAGAGGCGUCCUUCUUACAGCGGCGGAAAAAAGAAAGGGUGGGUCAUUCUAAUAGUCUAAUCCUCACAGCGGCUCCCACCGUCUCUCCGUCCUCCACUCCCUUCACCUUGAUUCUCGCCUUCCCUCAAGCGCAGAUCCAGAACACCACAAAAGGGAAUCUGUGGCGGUGAUAAGCGUCAUCGAUGCUACUCUGUUUCCCGGGGCGUUGAAGAGGAGACAAGGAGCCGGAGACAGAGGAAGCUCCUAUCUGUUUCAACUGGAGGUGACCCUCCUAAUUCCUUGAUUUCGGACGAGGAAGCUUCUGUUUCAAAAGCUAUCGUGGGAUAUGAAUUGAGAUUGGGCAAUGAUUUUUUCUGUUUUGUUUAUGGGAUUGAGUGAGAGAGAUAAGGUCGAUCGACGACUGCCAAUCGAGAGAGGCAGAGGCAGAGAGAUGUGAUUGACGCCGCCGACGUCUCAGGCCACUCCCCUACCCGAUUGAGCCAUCUCGCUAUCCUAGUCGUUGCCAUCGAUCCACCAUCGCCAAAGGAGAAGCUCGACCCGCCGGAGAAAGCUGGGUAUGAGAUAUUGAAGCAGAAGAAAGCUGGAUUUUGGAGAAAGCUGGGUUUGGGAGGGUUGAAUUAACCUUCCUUGGCACCCGACGACAUCUUCUUCCCCAACAUAAUAAAGCUCGCUUCUUCUUCCUCGCCGGCGGCGGCAGCGGGCUCUCCCCUAGGUGGGUGUGGUCAAGGAAAGGGUGGGUGUGUCAAAGAAAAGUUAAUUUUCUAUUCAAUUAUUAAUUAUUAAAUAAUUAAUUUAAAUGUUAAAUAAUUAAUUUUUUAUUAAUUUCCAACAUGGCAUCUAUGUGUCGUCUACGUGGACAACACACAGGCGCCACUUCAUCAAUGGUCAGAUAAAGGUUGACCACCGUUAGGUCAACAGUUAGAUCUAACGGUCAACAGAAUUUCGCGUAACACAGAUGACACAAACCCCUAAUACGUUGGAAUAUUUUUGUGUUUAUUGAAAAUACGUAAUAUAAAUGACACUUUCGCUAAAGGAUGGUAUUUCCAGUGGUAUUAGCCCAAAAAACUAUAUGGAUUAUACAUAUUUUAAGAAGGUUUCAAAUAUCUCCAUGAACAAAGUGUUAUGUGUUUUUAGAAAAUUUAUAAAAUAAAAAAAGUACGAACAUCGAUAAUCAAAACAAAAAUCAAUUUAGUAUUGGUGGUAACUGAGGGACGACGAUGGUGAAAGAUGUAAAUGAUGAUUCAUAUAAUUCUACUAUAAUAGUAGCAAGCAACUGAGGGGUUAAAACAAGAAGGCCGGGCCGGGGAGUCCAGAGGGUACUGCCGGUCUGCUCCGGGCCCAAGACUAGAAUUGUGAACUGGUCAGGCCCGUGAAAGCUCACCGUUAACUACCCAUUACUGGCCCAGCACAGCCUUAUCCGAAACUCGCCUUCGAUAACAAAACUACACCUUCCUUUCCGUUCCCUCCCUCUCCCCUGCCGUUUUUAUUUUCAGUCCAUCGCCUCCGCCGUCAUGUUCGCCGCCUCCGCAUCUUCGCUGCAACAUGUCCGCCAGCCGGCCACCGCGGGGACCGGUGCUUCAGGGGAACAAUACAAUCCGAUGAAGAAGAUUAAACCAUCUUUCCAAAAGGCGGCAGAUUGUAGUAAUUCAGGCCUUUCCCCCAAACUAUCAUGCUCUGUUCAUUGUCUGAAUCUUCCGAGGAAUUCGGUAAAGGUGUGGGCGGGUAGAAGGAGGAGAAUGAUACACGAUAAGACGGACACGUACGUGUUUCUGGAGCCAGGGGAGGAUGAAACAUUUGUUAGCGAAGAAGAGCUCAAGGGGAAACUAAAGAGCUAUUUGGAGAACUGGCCGGCGAAAAGCUUGCCGCCGGACCUAGCCAGGUUCGAGGCCAUUGACGAUGCUGUUUCAUUCUUGGUGGGUUCGGCGUGCGAACUUCAGAUCGAUGGAGACGUUGGCUCGCUCCAGUGGUAUCAAGUUCGUUUGGAGUGAUUGAAGUGAAGGAGAUUGAAUUGAGGUUGGUGCGUCUUUUUUUCUGUGUGUACGUAGUUUGCAGGUAAAUUCGACGGCCGAAUAUGAUUAGUCCAAAACGAUUUACUUCCACAACCGCAGAUUCUUUAUCGUUGAUUGUUGACUGACGGAGUUGGGCUUUCGCCUGUUGACUCCUCACUUCUCAACUUCUCUGCUACGUUCAAAACUUCAGCUACUAAGACGACGAUAUUGUUCUCGCGAACAAUGAAGCGAAUAUCAAUGUGGGAGAAAUCGCCAUAGAGUUUUACCAUACGCUCUGAUGAAGCUUAUCAAUUAUCAGUUUCUCCUUAUUAUUGUGAUUGUCACACCACUGUAGGUGACCAUAAGAGUUGAUACAUUUCUAAGAGGAGGUGCAAUAUAGAGCUAGUUUGCAAGAACUAAGCAGACAGGCUGCCAAACCUAAGCUUGAGAAGGGAUAAAUGAACCCAUCAACCAAAAGUGGGAGCACAACAGAGAUGUACAACAAUUUACAACCCAUAUAUAGGCUAAAUUAUAAACCACCAUUAGUACG